AUGAUUUCAGCCAUUCCACCGCUCCGAGCACCUGUUAUCGAUAUUCAUCCAAAUGCUCGAUGGCAACAAAAUGGUAUCACUGUAGCUGGAGGAAAUGGAAAUGGCAAUGGAAUCAAUCAACUCUUUUACCCAUAUGGUUUAUAUGUUGAUGAUGAUCAAACAAUUUAUGUUGCUGAUCAAUACAAUCAUCGUAUUGUGGCAUGGAAAUUGGGUGCAACGAGUGACCAAGUGGUUGCAGGUGGAAAUGGACAAGGAAGUGGAGGUCAUCAAUUGUCUUACCCAAUAGAUGUAGUUGUCAACAAAGAGAGAGAUAGUUUCAUCAUCUGCGAUCAUUCGAAUAGAAGAGUGAUUCGAUGGCCUCGUCGAAAUGGAACAAGUGGUGAAACAAUCAUCUCCAACAUCUCUUGUGUGGGUUUGACAAUGGAUGAGAAUGGAUCUCUCUAUGUUGUUGACAAUGGAAAAAAUGAAGUGAGACGAUAUCGAAGAGGAGAAUCUCAAGGAAUAGUGGUUGCCGGUGGCAAUGGAAGAGGAAAUCAUCUCGAUCAACUCUCUUCCCCACGAUACGUAUUCGUCGAUCGAGAUUAUUCAGUAUAUGUGUCUGAUUAUGGAAAUGAUCGUGUGAUGAAAUGGAUGGAAGGUGCAAAACAAGGUAUUGUUGUGGCUGGUGGUCAAGGAGAAGAAAAUGGUCUUACACAAUUGUCAUAUCCUCGAGGAGUCGUUGUCGAUCAAUUGGGCACUGUCUAUGUGGCUGAUGAAGGGAAUCAUCGAAUCAUGCGUUGGCCUAAAGGAGCCACACAAGGAAGUGUCGUUAUUGGUGGAAACGGUAGAGGAGGACAAUCGAACCAAUUCAAUGGACCCUUCGGUUUGUCAUUCGAUCGACGAGGCAAUUUCUAUGUCGUCGAUAAUGAAAAUCAUCGAGUACAAAAAUUCAAUAUCGAAUCCAAUAAAUAA